AUGACCUCCUCUACCUACAAUCUCUCCGCAGACCUCACUCUCAUGAUUCUCAUGGAGCUGGAGUCGCCCACCGACCUUUACUCUUUCAUUCGGACGACCAAGCCCAUCUACCAGAUCUUUCAGAAUCACAAGGCUUCCGUCCUUUCGGCUGUCCUUCACAAUGCCGUCCAUCCAGCAACCAUGAAAGACCUUCUUCUUGCGAAUCGUGCCUACUCGGUUUGCAGCCUCUCCGCACGACGAGAAUACAUCGCAGGGCUGCCAGGCCGCGGCCGAGGUCGCCUUACGGAUGAGGAGUACCGAAAACGGCGACUACAGCGUGUCAAGGGUUUUCUUGAUUCCAUUCCGGAAGGUGAACUAAAGGAAGAUUUUCGCAAUCUUGAUACGCUCUACUCCCUCUGCAAACUAUGGAAUCUUGUAAAUGGCUUCAUUAACGAUUUCGCGGCGAGAGCACUUGCUGAAUUUCGAGAAGCUUGCCUCUGUGGAAAAGGAUCCAGGAAUGUGGACUGGUCAGGCGAAGAAAUAUCCUCCAUUCUUCUCUCGGGACUUGAACGUGCCCGGCUGUUCCGCGCCUUUUGCCGAUUCGAGGAGUAUAGACGUCUUUAUGGUGGUCCGGAUCACGUCUCUGAGCGCCAUGACUAUUCCGGAGGAAACUUUCCACAAGAAGAGUUCAAGGCACGAUACCAGCCAUGGGAGCUUUUUGAGAUAAUAAGCAUCCACAGCUAUCUGACCCAUCAAAUGACUAUAGUGGUGCAGGAAGUGGAGGACACGAUAUUCGCAAUUUUUGCAGAGAACGUUGAACGGAAAGGCGACCAUCCAAAAAUGGCUACGUCUCUGAAGAGUCUUGACUUGUAUGGGCUGAGCAUGUUCGACGACAGGUACAACCAAGGAUACCAGAUCGAUUGCAUGGUGGAGCUUGGGCUUCCUUUCCUGAAGCACCUUUCCACCACAGACUUCAGUCAGCGUCUGAUGGCUAUGAAGAAUUUUGCCAAUGACGGAUGCUGUCCUACUCUUGAGACAGCCCUCGAGACAUAUAUCCGUACGCGUCGUGUGAAGGAUGAAAGCCAAGUACAAGAAAAUUGCGAAGAAACCACCAUAGAGCAAUUAAGUCGGGAGAACCCGGGAUACUGUUUUAUCUCUUCUUCCGAUUCAAGGAGUGAACGUUCGUUAAAGAAAACCGGUAUAAUCUUCUGGGACCAAGCGAGACUAGACAUGACCCCUCCUGGGCUAUUCGGCAGUUCCAAUGGUUGUAACGCUUCUACGUUCAAGAACGGAGAUAUUUUUAUUGGGAGGACGCCUCCGCCCUCGCCAGCGCCCUCGCCUCCGCCCCGACCCACGAUCCGGGAGAGAUUGCAGAGCAGAGUCCUCAUUGAAACCCUUCGCCAGCUCGAGGAAUCAGCGAAAUAUUUGAAGCGCGGUAGGCCACCUAAGAACUCAACACCAGGAGGUCCUACAAAGAAGCGACGUGCGAAUAUCAAGGCAGACCUUGAGCGGAAGAUUGCGCUACUAGAAGCGCAGGUACGGGGUUUACAGCCUGUCGCAGGAAGUACAGCGCAGUCGACAGGCCUGCCGCAGCCUCGUGAGGCAGCUCGUGAGGCGGCUGAUGAGGACUUUGAUGAGUAUGCGGAGGAUCUCGUUGAUGAGGACUUUACGUAGGUGCUUGUAGGCCAGGGGCGAUGGAGAGAGGGCCUCUAUUAGGUGCGAAAUCGACGGUUUAGGCAUUCUCCUAGGCACGUAGGCACGUAGGCACGUAGCUAUACACGUAGCUAUACACGU